GCACCUCACCUCACACCCGUUUGCUUCGAACGAAAAUGUUUGAUAAAAGUUGAUAAGAAUGCGCCCAACGCCGCAAGAUCACUCGAGCGAGGACCUUUGAGUUUAUCGUACGAUACGUGACGCCGCGGACCGUUUCUGAUUACUCGCGGCACUGAAAUCUUGUCAGUUUAGUAUCUAAGCGUGUGGUGAUGGGUAUUCGGAGGGAAGUGUUGCAAGUGGUGUCGGGCUGGCAGGCCGUGGAGCUGGUGUUGAAGUGUCUGUUGUUGGGCGUGUGGCAGUUGGCGCAGAUGGCGGUCAAGCGGCUCUGGAAGGGGCACCGCAGAAAGGCGCUCAAAAACUCGCACGUAGAGGUCACCGUUGACUCCUCGAUCGGAAGACACUGCUACAUUAAGAUUAUGGGUGUGAAGUACCAUUAUAUAGAAACGGGCCCAAAGACAGGUCACAAAGUCUUAGUCCUCCCGGACGCACCAGAAACUGCGAACCUGUGGAGCCCAAACUGGUGCUACGUGGUGAAACAGCUGGCGGACACCGACCACCACGUCAUCACACUGGACCUGCGGGGCACGGGGGCCAGCGAGGGAGGCAGCCGGAGCGACCUGUCUCCACCGAGGGCAGUGGAGGAGCUGGCCAUGCUGAUGUCAGCUCUGGGCGUGUCGGAGCACAAUCCCGCUACUGUUAUUGGGUUUGGGAUUGGAGGAAUGCUUACAUGGUACCUGGCGCACUGCCACGGCGCCCUCGUGCGCCGCAUGGUGGCGGUGGGCGCGCCGCACCCCAACCUCUACUGGCAGUUCCCGCCCGCGCCCUUCUGCAAGGGCGCGUUACACUUUAUACAGUGGCCCCACUUCCCGGAGCGCUGGCUGGCGGAGAGCGGGGACGGCGGCCGCUGCACGCGCGCGAGGGACUGGCUCGGCGCGCUGCAUUAUGUUAGAGGUGCGGCGUGGUGGCGAGUGCGGACGGGGGCGCUGGUGUCGGCGCCGGCGCUGCUGGUGGGCGGCGAGGGCGGCGCGGCCGAGCUGGUGUGCUCGGCGCAGCACGCCGCACAGCCCACGUUGCGGCUCGUCGGCACCCCCCAGCCCGACGACCCGCAGCUGCCGAGAGUGCUCGCAGACUUCCUCAAACUACGUGUUGCAGCGGUGGAGAACUCCCCGGAGAAGGAGCCGGUCCGCGCCGGGCUGGUGGGCCGCAUGCUCAGCCGCGGGCGGGAGCUCACCGCCCGGCUGGCGCUCCCGGCGCAAGCCUAGCCACCUCCGCUACUGGGGGCUCACCUGCAGGCUACACGCACCGCACGUUCCUACACUACUGGGAGGAGGUCACUGACCGGCCGGCAAGCAUUACUCCCGGCGCAAGCCUAGCCACCUCCGCUACUGGGGGCUCACCUGCAGGCUACACGCACCGCACGUUCCUACACUACUGGGAGGAGGUCACUGACCGGCCGGCAAGCAUUACUCCCGGCGCAAGCCUAGCCACCUCCGCUACUGGGGGCUCACCUGCAGGCUACACGCACCGCACGUUCCUACACUACUGGGAGGAGGUCACUGACCGGCCGGCAAGCAUUACUCCCGGCGCAAGCCUAGCCACCUCCGCUACUGGGGGCUCACCUGCAGGCUACACGCACCGCACGUUCCUACACUACUGGGAGGAGGUCACUGACCGGCCGGCAAGCAUUACUCCCGGCGCAAGCCUAGCCACCUCCGCUACUGGGGGCUCACCUGCAGGCUACACGCACCGCACGUUCCUACACUACUGGGAGGAGGUCACUGACCGGCCGGCAAGCAUUACUCCCGGCGCAAACCUAGCCACCUCCGCUACUGGGGGCUCACCUGCAGGCUACACGCACCGCACGUUCCUACACUACUGGGAGGAGGUCACUGACCGGCCGGCAAGCAUUACCGGUGCUAGUUAUUGGGGGAGCUCGCACCUAAAUACACCAUGCACUUGCCCUCGAGUGAUCACCACCAGACCCAGACCAGAUAACGUAGCUCGAGCUUAAACGACUUGUAUGUCCAUCAAAACUUAUACUAUUUACUAAUAGUUUCAUGAUUUUGAUUUAGGUACUCCCUUCUCUUUCGAUCGCCACCGUUUAGAAGUUUUAUUUAUUUUAAAAUUGGAUUCUCCAACGGUCCAACGCGAAAUCGUUCAUUUUCUCGUUCCUAAUAUUGGAAUAUCUAUUAGGAUAAUUAUAUUACAUGCAACAAAAGUGAAGUUUAUUUUUUAUGUGUGUGUACAUUGAUGAAAUGAAUGUUUUAAUAAAUGUCGAAAAUAUAUACCUAUGUGUUUGUGUAUGUUGCAUGAAAUACAGAAAAUAAGAAAGGCAGCUUGAUAUUUGUAAUUAUAAAUAUAUAUCCGUGGAGAACAACCCGGCUUUACAUUGUUUAUUGUUAUGCUCGUAUAUUAGCAAAUUGUCAAAUUUCUAUAUUGCCAAAGAUCUUCCAUUACAAUAAUUUUAUUUUAAAACAAUCAAUUUAUUUUGUUUACUUUUAUACUGAAUGAAAAUAAAACACAAAAACUCGUGCAAAUGCAUUUUUAUUUCG